CGAACUAUAUAUGGAAUGGCGAAUGUGGAGGAGGGAAGCUGUGGUGGGGGGAGAGGUAACCACGUCCGCGCCGCCGCCGGCUGAAGGAGUCAGGGUGGGACUACCGAACGGUACAGUCUCUCCUCCGAAGGUCUCCAACUCACAACACAAUGUCGGACGAAAAGAAAGAGAAGGUAAAGAAGAAGAAGGUAAAGGACCCGGCUGCGGCUGAGGGCGAGGUAUCCGCGCCCGCGUCCACCCCCGCGUCCGGCGGCGGCAGCGAGAGACAGUCCUCCCGAGGAAGCCGUAAGGCCAAGAGGACUGGAUCCAAUGUCUUCUCCAUGUUCACACAGAAGCAGGUCGCUGAGUUCAAGGAGGCCUUCCGGUCGCAAAUAGCCGAAUCGCUUACACUUCUCCGUAUCUGUCCGCAGGCCUUCCAGCUGAUGGACCACGACAAGGACGGCAUCAUCGGCAAGAACGACCUUCGCGCCACCUUCGACUCUCUCGGCAGGCUCGCCUCCGAGAAGGAGCUCGACGAGAUGGUCAACGAGGCCCCUGGCCCCAUCAACUUCACCCAGCUCCUGACCCUCUUCGCGACCCGCAUGUCCGGCGGAUCCGACGAGGAUGACGUCGUCAUCAACGCCUUCAAGACCUUCGACGACGAAGGCAAGAUCGACUCUGAGAAGCUCAGGCACGCCCUCAUGUCGUGGGGAGACAAGUUCUCCGCCGAUGAGGUUGAUGAGGCGUACGACCAGAUGGACAUUGACGACAAGGGCUUCAUCGACACCGGCAAGCUCAUCGCCAUGCUCACCGCGUCCGCCGAGGAGGGCGAGGAGGGCGGAGAGGCUGCGUAAACACGUCCAACGUUCCACGUUCCACCUGGCCAUCGGUUCACAGUACCAGCUACCAACAUCUUGGAACCGAUCUUUUUUAAAUUUCUUUAUUAUUAUUAUUGUAAUAAAUUUAUAAUUUAUUGUU